ACCCAAUAAAGUCUUUUUCUACUCUCAGUCACUCUUAUCAUUGGCAAUUGUACAUAUGCUCACACACAUAUCCUUAUAUAAAAAAAACACAUGUGUAUACUUUACAUGUAAUGUAAUAUUAUUAAACCAUGUUUAACAUGGCUGAUCAGUAGAGAAUAUUAUGAUGGUUGGUCAUUUAUUAUAUUUAUUUCUUUGUUGUACUCAAUAGUACGAUUACAGUUUUUGUGUUUUACUAAACAAUUGAAAUAACAUGAUAUCUUCGAUUGUUUCACGUCUCGUCAUACUAGUCUUUGGUACUCUUUAUCCUGCUUAUGCAUCUUACAAAGCUGUACGAACAAAGAAUCUCAAAGAAUAUGUAAAAUGGAUGAUGUACUGGAUUGUCUUUGCGCUAUUUACAUGCGCUGAAACGUUUACUGAUGUUUUCUUCAGCUUCUGGUUUCCAUUUUACUACGAAAUUAAGAUAAUACUAGUAUUAUGGCUACUAAGUCCUGCAACAAAAGGAUCAAGUAUUCUUUAUCGACGAUUCGUGCACCCAGCAUUGAUACGACGUGAAGCUGAAAUAGAUGAUGCUCUUGCUAGAGCUACGGAACAAGGAUAUACUGCUGUGCUUCAUCUUGGCACUAAAGGCGUUAAUUAUGCUACUACAGUUUUGAUGCAGACUGCGAUUAAGGGUGGAGGUGGAUUAGUUCAGCAAUUAAAAAAGAGUUAUAGUUUAAGUGAUCUGACUGGAGACAAUGAUGAUGGAAUGAAUAGAAAUAAUUCUUCAACGCAUGACGAGACAGAUUUAAUGGUGGAGCCUCGUCGGAGAGAGAAUCCUGGAAGAAGAGGAUUCAGUCCACGUAGGACACAAUCGAGUUGUAAUCGAGUAGAUAUGUUUUAUUCAGAUGUUGAAGUUGACAUUAAACAAUCUAGAUAUAGGGAACCUUUAGAUAAUUUAAACAGUAAUAUAAAAUCAUCUGAUGACAUAUCCAGUGGAUAUAGCAGUGGCGAAGCAGCAGCAAUUCAAACAUCUCAUCGAGUGAUAUCUAAUACAGAAACACUUUUGAGAACUUCAAGUGUUGGAGCAAGAACACGAUCUUCAAGGCCUCGUUCAACAACUAAAAAAUCAUCUACUGAGGAUGAAGAGGAAGAUUGGAUUGAGUUUAAUUCAUUAUCUCAUCUAAUAAUAAAUAUGUCUAUAAGAGCUUUGGAGUUACUAAAUUGUUUAUCUAAAACUCCUAAUGAUGUGAUGUCAGAAAAUCCCAAUAGGAAUAGGGAUAUUAUUAUUCAAGUUUCAACAAUACUUGAAGAAAUUUCAAGUUUACUUAAUCAAGACUUUGAUAAUAAGACUAAUAUUAUAAAUUGUAUAGAGAAGCCUAUAAUUAAUCAUGGUUUUUCCAAAAUUACCGAUAAUCAAUUGAGUUUACCGAGCUUAGAUAUACCUUUUCAACCAUGUGAACAAACAAAACUGCAACAUCUUAAGACUCUCUUAUUAAAUACUAUCCAUAAAUUAUCAUCUAAUGCCAUUGAUUAUCAAAAAAAUUCAGUAUUGAAAUUUCAACCACGUCUGAAGCAGCUGAAUGAAGCUGAAUUUAUAGUAAAUGUAAAAAGUCCAAGUUCUUUAUCAUCAUCUAAUGUGAUAAGUCCUUUAAUUCAAAUUCGCCCAUUGAAAGCUGUCAGUCCCAUAUUAGAGAGAACUGAAAAAAUACGUGGAGGAAAAUAUAAUAAAACACAAGCUCCAAAACCUCCGGUACAAUCAAAUCCAACUGAAAAAAUUGAUUAAAAGGAAAAAAAAAAUAUUCCGUGAGAAUUCAUACGAUAACGAAUUUCGCAACUCUACCACGCAGUAAAAAGACAACAAAGAAGAAAGUUACAUGAAACACAACUGCUGCUGAUCGCAUAAAAGAAGACGAGUAUUGUUUGGCAUCCACUUGAAAUUGCAAUUUCAAUUCUAGAUUCCUAAAUAACAUAAUGUGAUUGGCAGCGUUUAUCUAUGGCCAAAACGCGAAAUACAUAAUUUAAAGCGUCUUUAUAUAGCUUGGAAUUAAUAGGGUUAUUUUGUGGCUUUUUGCAUUAUUUUAAAAAAAAUAAUAAGCUGAGGGUUUUUAUCAAUAUCAAGAUCACUGUUUGAUAAUAUUAAAAUGUUGUGCAUGAUGGAUGAAAAAUUCUAAGACGUAUAUUACAUGAGUGUCAAACUGCACCUAUUGAACGUUUGAUGUUUGUACGGUAAAAUAGAUUUAUUAAUAUUUCUAUAUUGAAUUGUUGUAUUCAUGGUUUUUUUUAAUACAUAUUUUUUUAUAUAUAACAACAGAUAAGAUAUUAAAGAAUUAUAAUAAUGAGUUAAAUUUUACUUCAAAGUUGAAUUGGAUCUUUGUAUUUUUUAAUCAUGACUUCUAGUCAAUAGUUGUUUUCUCCGACUUUAUUAUACGUACAUAAAAAACUUUUAUAUUUAAAUAAUAAAUACUCAUGUGUCUGUCUAUAAUAUAAUUAUGAUUAAUUAAAAGUAAAGACUUGAAAUAAAAUUUUCAAUUAAUUAAUCUAUUAUACGCACAAAUAUGUCUUUGGUUUCUUAUGUUUUCAACAGGGUGAAAAAAUAUCAGUGUGCUGUGACUCUUAAAUGCAUAAUUUCAUUAGAUCUAAGCUUCUUUAUUCAAAAUAAAGACUCUGAAGUAAUUAAUUGAAAUAAGAUUUAAUAAAGAGUAUUCAAUAUUGUAAUGAAUAAAAGUAGAUAAAUUAAUUUCUAUAUAUUAGAUGCGGGUAUGCAUUUAAGAGUUAAUAUGUAUGUGUAAAAUGAAAGAGUUUUGAAUGUAUCUAAGUAUAUAAUGAAAUAUUGAUUGAACACUUCACUGACUUCGAAAAAUAGUCUAAAAGGUUUAAUUGCAUAUUUCAUUCUCUAUGAUCGAAUUUUUUGGAUGUUGUUAUCUAUGCUACUGUUAAUUAAUCAAAUAUGUUAUAAAUUUCAAAGUCUGCCAUUAUAGUGUUUUUCACGCAGAUUUUCAUUCAAAUUUUUUACUUUCAUUUUGUAAAUGUAUUAUAUGUUAUUAUUAUAAGCAUUAGA